AUGACAGAGUAUCAAUCACUUAUUUCCGCGAAGGGAUUUAAGACAUUCACUGCGGUGUGCCUUAUGGGUUGGUACAGGGCGUUCUUCAACAUUGAGCCCUUGAAUGGUUCAUGCUGGGACAUGGAGCGAGGAAAGUCUGCUGUUUUCCCUGGUGAUGUUUCCUUCGGCUACGAGCCGUUGUUAUGA